CCCAAGCUAAACAAGGCAUUCUUACAUAUUUAACAUUCAAAUGCAGAAGCCGAGCUAAGCCAUGGAAGAUCGUAAUCAGGAAAGAGCUGCACUUCCUGACCAGCGUAAAAGCCACAGGUUAUUUUGGAAUGUGAAAGCUACUUGCUGCUUGGACCCGUGACAACCAUGCAGAUACUACUGACUUGCAUAAACAACCUACGCUGACAUGGAUCAGGACAUAUAAAACAAACUCUUCAAGCAGUCAAUGGAGUACAAACUGACUGAUUAAAGAAAAUCCAGAUGGGGUGCAGGUGCUGCAAAAUGAUACAAAGCUAUAUUUUUGAUCCAGAAGAGGCGCAGUCACCUGGAUACAUUCAUGAGGCCAACAGCUACAAACAACACAGGCAAGACAGCAAUAAAUCCCAGUUCAAACCGAGUGGUGAAAUUCAAGAACACAAAAAUGAACUCCAGAAGGAUGAGCUAAAGAGAACGGAAAAUAAAAGCCAGGUAAACAGCACAAAAGCAGCUCUCUGGCACCACAGAGGAACCGCUUUCCAGGAGGAUGGCCCUGAGAAGUGUGCAGCAAAGCUCAAUGUGGCAGUCAACGGCGGCAGCUCCUGCACUGGAGCUCACCCCGGGCCCAGUCCCAACGCAGCGAGGGGAGCCAGCGCGCAGGGAGCCUCCAGCCUGUCAGCAGAGUCUUCUUCAGCCAGAGACUUCUGCACCACACCAGGAGAGCCUGCCCAAAGCUUUGACCUAGAAGGAGGCACCCACGGCGAGUUGGCCUGUGAAGCGUCAGACCAUUUCCAAGAUGGGAACUCCCACGGGGCAGGGAAAGACACCUCCUUCCUAGGAAGUGCCAUACAGGAGACACAAACUAACGCCAUGCAAUUGCCAGAGGUAGAUUACCCCCAAAACAGCAGCGAAACCAGGAACUGUGUUGAAAAAGACACCCUUUCAGACAGCGAUGCACAACCAGAUCAGAACACCAGGCCUUCAGCAAAACAAGAGCAGGACUCCUAUCUAACUCUGCCUUUGCAUAUGAAGGAAAACAGUGCCGAACCUUUGCUAACCUCCUCCGUAAGUGUGAGUGAGGACAUUCCUGAUGGUAUCACUGCCAAAGCCCUUCCCAAAGCAGCACAGGCACCCACGCAGCCUGACCACAGAGAUACCCAUGGAGAAACUGAGGAGGAAGACGCAGAAGUGGCUGCAGCUCUGGCUGCACUGGAGGCUGCAACCGCAGGGGAAGACCUGGAAGAUGAUGAUGAUGAGUACUAGAUGAAGGGUUCUUUCUAAUACACUCAUAGGUCUUAUUGUGGAUCUAAAUGAAUUCAUGUGCUGUACACAUGGACCACUGUUAUGAACAGCACAAAUAAAAGGAAUUGGGACUCUGUCCCUUCAGCUGUUAAAAUGUGGCCCUUUAAUUUCUACUGCCUUCGGUACAAAGGAGCUUCCUUGGCUAAGGGUUAUAAUAAGGCCCUUCUUGGUGGGUAUCCAGGAGGGCAAAGUAUCAUUUGUUUGCACAGGAUAUUCUGCUGCGUGCCCACGUCACUUGGGCUCAUGCAAGUAUCUCCUUCAGGUCUGAGCCUCAGGAGGGUUCACACUUCAGGGUCAAAAGGCUUCCAUUAUUUAAAACAGAAACCAUGGAGUUAGAAAGCACAUGAUUAGGUUAGAUUUUCAUGAUUUUAGCACAAAGUUGGUGCAAGAACACAACAAGGAAUGCAGGCUUGCAUGAUAACCACAUCUCUCCCCUUACACUUGCCCUGGACUUUUUCUGAACCCCACAUGAACU